GCGCGAGGCGUGGGGCGCAGGCCGUGCGCGCCGCCCGCUCCAUCGCUGCCCGGAGCGCAGCCGGCGCGGGCGCGGGACCGAGGCGAGCCGGUGCGGAGCCAGCGCCGCGGCAGCAGCACCAGCUCCUGCCCUCCAGAGACCCCAGAGAGGGAGACCUCAGUCCCUGGCCCCAUCACGUGGAUGGGAGCAGGAGCCAGCUAUGGAGAAGGACACAGCUGUGUCUCCACGUGAUCCCUCCUGCAUGACACCAGAGCCACCUCCAGACACACGCCUCAGUGCCUCAGUCUCUAUGCACAACCCGGAGAGUGGAGACCUAUCCCAGCCCCGGGAGGAAGUUAGCUCUUCAGGGGGCCAUCUGAGGACUGGAGUUUGAACUGCAAACCUGGCUUCAAGGCCUGCUUUUCUCUCUUUUUCAUUCAUACUCAUGCCUAACACAUUAGAGGAGACUGCUUUAUUUAUUUCUAGAAAAACAGCACUGGGUCAGUCAUUGAAGCCCCCUAAAAUUUGGACACCUUUUUUGGCUCUGUUGGGAGCCCAGAGCGCUCAGUGGGUGGCAUAACUAGCACAUCAGGAGCUGAGAGAGGAGUGGCCAGGGCCCCGGUCAGGGGUCAGAGCUGUAGGGCCGCAGGAUGGCAUCCAAUGGCACGGCCUCUUCCUUCUGCCUGGACUCCACCACGUGCAGGAUCACCAUCAGCGUGGUCCUCACCGUCCUCAUCCUCAUCACCAUCGCGGGCAACGUGGUUGUCUGUCUGGCCGUGGGCUUGAACCGCCGGCUCCGCAAUCUGACCAACUGCUUCAUCGUGUCCUUGGCUGUCACUGACCUGCUCCUCGGCCUCCUGGUGCUGCCCUUCUCUGCCAUCUACCAGCUGAGCUGCACGUGGAGCUUCGGCAAGGUCUUCUGCAACAUCUACACCAGCCUGGACGUGAUGCUGUGCACGGCCUCCAUUCUCAACCUCUUCAUGAUCAGCCUCGACCGGUACUGUGCCGUCAUGGACCCGCUGCGCUACCCCGUGCUGGUCACCCCCGUCCGGGUUGCCAUCUCUCUGGUCUUAAUUUGGGUCAUCUCCAUCACCCUGUCCUUCCUGUCUAUCCACCUGGGGUGGAACAGCAGGAAUGAGGCCAGUAAGGGCAAUCACACCACCUCCAAGUGCAAAGUCCAGGUCAACGAAGUGUAUGGCUUGGUAGACGGGCUGGUCACCUUCUACCUGCCUCUGCUGAUCAUGUGUGUCACUUACUACCGCAUCUUCAAGGUGGCCCGGGAUCAGGCCAAGAGGAUCAAUCACAUCAGCUCCUGGAAGGCAGCCACCAUCAGGGAGCACAAAGCCACAGUGACGCUGGCCGCCGUAAUGGGGGCCUUCAUCAUCUGCUGGUUUCCUUACUUCACGGUGUUUGUGUACCGUGGCCUGAAGGGGGAUGACGCCAUCAAUGAGGUGUUUGAAGCCGUCGUUCUGUGGCUGGGCUAUGCCAACUCGGCCUUGAACCCCAUCCUGUAUGCCGCCCUGAACAGAGACUUCCGCACCGGGUACCGGCAGCUGUUCUGCUGCAGGCUUGCCAGCCGCAGCUCCCACAAAACCUCUCUGAGGUCUCACAACUCUCAACUGUCCAGGAGCCAAAGCCGAGAACCCAGGCGGCAGGAAGAGAAACCCCUGAAGCUCCAGGUGUGGAGUGGGACAGAAGCCAUGGCCCCCCAGGGAGCCACAGACAGGAAGCCGGCGCUGUCCUGCACCGCGUGCUCCAGCAACCUCCUGAGCUGCUGCAAGAGCCUGUGGGGGCGCAGGUUCCUUCAGAGACACAUGGGCGGCCCCGUGGAGGAGCCGUCGGGGAGCUGCUGUCUGAGAAGCCAUUGAGGAGACCACUCCAGGAAGAGAUGAGGACACUGCCCUCCGAAGCUGACUAGCCCGGCCCCAGGACACUGAAGAUAGUGCUCCCAGUCCCUAAGAUGUGACUCCUGGAGCCCCUAGGGACCCAACCCCCAAAGCCACCGAGGACGCACCCUAGCCUGAGUCUGCAGACUCCCGGAACACACAGCUGGACGCUGGGGGCCUGGGGCCUGGGGUGGAACAACCUGUUCUGUGCUCGGCAUUCCCAGGCAGGCGCUCAGGGCUCCUCUGGGCCCAGUGGGCUGAGCCCCACAGGCUCAAAGCUCACGUUGGUGCUGGCCCUAGGAGCCAUGAGCAGAGAUGGCGGGAACGACGGGAAUGUGUGCACGUGUGCGUGCAUGGAUGUUGGGGGAGGGACAUGCGUGUCCCCCGAGCAAGGCAGAGAGCAUUGUUAUAAAGCACUGGCGUCUCACUCCCUCACAGGUUCUGCAGGAGGAGGGAAGGAAAGGAAAAGACAGGGAAGGGAAGGAAAAGACAGGGAAGGGAAGGAAAUCAGCCUUUCCCAAGCACUUGCUGGCACCAGGCACGUCACCCACAUGAGCUCUCCUAAUCUUGUAACAACAUGAGCUUAUAGUAAGGAUCACCACCCACCUUUGUGGAGGUGGAAACUGAGGCUCAGAGAAGUGCAGGACCUGCCCAAGGCCACUCCGCCAGAAAGUGUGCCUGGCACAUAGGAGGCACCCGAGACACAGAUGUUCGACGAAUGAAUGAGUGGGAGCACAGGUGAAAAGCCGGGCUUCAGGCCCUGCUCCUGCCACUACAGUACGCUGCCUCCCAGGAGAGAGGGCAAACUUUCCCUGACUCGGCCUGCCCUGCUCCUAGCAAGGCUCAGACCCAAGGAAAGUGCCAGCCCCGGAGAGGUGAGCGUGUGGACGGGCUUCUGCCCCCAGGGCUCCUCAGCGGCAUCUCUCUGGGUGACGGCCACCCUCCCUGACACCCACGCCUCCUCGGUCUCCAAGAGCCCUCCUGGUCUUCCCCUCCCCGUCCACCCAAGGCUUUUCGGUCCCUUUGGCAAAUCAUGGUCCUCUACCCGGCUGUUAGAUGUGGCUGUUCGCCAAGGCUCAGUCCUGAGCCUUCCCUUCUUGCUCCGUGUCUGCACCCCCGUGGCCUCAGUUGCCAGGUGCGAGGAGAUGUUUACUCAAAGGUUUACAGCUGCAGGCCGGGCUCCUUUGGGAGCCUUGGACCCACCACCACCCACAUGCCACCCACACGCCACUUCUCCCGGAUGUUCAAGAGGCAGCUCACCUGGGACACGCCGCAGCCCCACUCGCCCUCCGGCCCCCGUGCUCCUUGGGCCCCCUUCUCAGACAGCGGCCACUCACGACCUCCCUUUGCCUCGCUCCUCGUGGCCAGCCCUCUCCAGUCCUGCCCCCACACAUGCCCACCGUCCACUUGGUUCUUGCCACCUGUCCUGGCAUCAUUUGAUCUGACUGCCACGGUCUCCCUCGGGACAGUUGGAACAGCUUCUGACACCCCUUCCCAGCACCUCCCCUCCGUUUCCUCCAUCCAGCCCAUUCUGCACCCGACAGCCACGCAGCCAAGGCCGUCUCGGCAUGGCCCACGGCCUGUGUGCUGGGCCCGCUCGACCCUCCCCCGCCUCCUGCACCCCCAUCACUUCCCCGGCCCCCCCCA